CUCCCCCGGGCGGCGGUGCCCCCUGGCACCUUCGAAAUGUCCUCAGUGACUCUGUGGAGAGCUCAGAUGAUGAAUUCUUUGAUGCCAGAGUAAACUGGAUUCCAGCAGGAGGGAGGUUGUGUCUCGCCCUGCACACAAGGAGAUGGCUGAAGGGAAGAAUGCCAUCCUCAUUGGGAUGAGCCAGUGGAACUCCAAUGACCUCGUGGAACAGAUGGAGACCAUGGGGAAACUGGAGGAGCAUCAAGGAGAAGGGACCGCACCAUGCACAUCCAGCAUCCUCCAGGAGAAGCAGCGAGAACUGUACCGGGUUUCCUUGAGAAGACAGAGGUUCCCUGCCCAGGGAAGCAUUGAGAUCCAUGAAGACAGUGAGCCGCCUCUCUUUCUCUAUAUCAACCGACAUGGCUCUCAGGAAGGCUGCCCGCAGCGCUCCUGCAAGACACACGUCCUCCUGCUGGUGCUGCAUGGGGGCAACGUCCUGGACACUGGCACCGGGGACCCGUCCUGCAAGGCAGCCGACAUCCACACCUUCAGCUCCGUGCUGGAGAAGGUCACACGAGCCCACUUCCCUGCUGCCCUGGGCCACAUCCUCAUCAAGUUCGUCCCCUGUCCUGCUAUCUGCUCUGAAGCUUUCUCACUCGUCUCUCACCUGAACCCCUACAGCCACGAUGAGGGCUGCUUGAGCAGCAGCCAGGACCACGUCCCUCUGGCCGCCCUUCCCCUGUUGGCCAUCUCCUCCCCGCAGUACCAGGAUGCUGUCGCCACCGUCAUCGAGCGAGCCAACCAGGUGUACAGAGAGUUCCUCAAGUCCUCCGAUGGGAUUGGCUUCAGUGGGCAGGUAUGUCUCAUCGGGGACUGCGUGGGCGGCCUCCUGGCCUUUGAUGCCAUCUGCUACAGUGCGGGGCCCUCCGGGGACAGCCCUGCCAGCAGCAGCCGGAAGGGGAGCAUCAGCAGCACCCAGGACACCCCAAUUGGGGAGAAGGAUUGCAGCCUGGCCAGCAGCAAGCGUCUCAGCAAGAGCAACAUUGACGUCUCCAGCGGGUUGGAGGAUGAGGAAUCCAAGAGGCCGCUGCCGCGGAAACAGAGUGACUCCUCCACCUAUGACUGUGAGACCAUCACCCAGCACCACGCCUUCCUCUCAAGCAUCCACUCCAACGUGCUAAAGGAUGAGUCUGAGACCCUAGCGGCCGGGGGGCUGCAGCUCCCCGAGGUCAGUCUGGGCCGCUUUGACUUCGACGUGUCUGACUUCUUCCUCUUCGGCUCACCGCUGGGCCUGGUCCUGGCCAUGCGGAGGACGGUGCUGCCUGGGCUGGACGGCUUCCAGAUGCGCCCUGCCUGCAGCCAGGUCUACAGCUUCUUCCACUGUGCAGACCCCUCUGCCUCUCGGCUGGAGCCGCUGCUGGAGCCCAAGUUCCACCUGGUGCCCCCUGUCAGUGUGCCCCGCUACCAGAGGUUCCCACUGGGCGAUGGCCAAUCCCUCCUCCUCGCUGAUGCCCUGCACACCCACAGCCCCCUCUUCCUGGAGGGCAGCUCCUGGGACAGCCCGCCUCUUCUGGACACCCCUGCCUCGCCCCCUCAGGCCUCAAGGUUCCAGCGCCCAGGACGGAGGAUAAGCGAGGGCAGCUCCCACAGCGAGAGCUCAGAGUCCUCGGACGGCAUGGCACCCGUGGGUGCCUCCCGCAUCACAGCCAAGUGGUGGGGAACCAAGAGGAUCGACUACGCCCUGUACUGCCCUGAUGUCCUCACGGCCUUCCCCACCGUGGCCCUGCCCCACCUCUUCCACGCCAGCUACUGGGAGUCCACGGACGUGGUCGCCUUCAUCCUGAGACAGGUGAUGCGCUACGAGAGUGUGAACAUCAAGGAGAGUGCCCGCUUGGACCCCGCAGCACUAAGCCCUGCCAGCCCCCGAGAGAAGUGGCUUCGUAAGCGGACCCAGGUCAAGCUCAGGAAUGUGACGGCUAAUCACCGGGCCAACGACGUGAUUGCCGCUGAAGAUGGCCCCCAGGUCCUGGUGGGGCGGUUCAUGUACGGGCCACUCGACAUGGUGGCUUUGACUGGAGAGAAGGUGGACAUCCUGGUAAUGGCAGAGCCGUCCUCAGGCCGCUGGGUACACCUGGACACGGAGAUCACCAACAGCAGUGGUCGAAUCACAUACAAUGUGCCCCGGCCCCGGCGCCUGGGGGUCGGCGUCUAUCCUGUGAAGAUGGUCGUCAGGGGCGACCAGACCUGUGCCAUGAGCUACCUCACGGUGUUGCCGCGGGGCAUGGAGUGCGUGGUGUUCAGCAUUGACGGGUCCUUUGCGGCCAGCGUGUCCAUCAUGGGAAGUGACCCCAAGGUCCGGCCGGGCGCAGUGGACGUUGUCCGGCACUGGCAGGACCUGGGCUACAUGAUCCUUUACAUCACGGGGCGGCCGGACAUGCAGAAGCAGCGGGUGGUGUCGUGGCUGUCCCAGCACAACUUUCCCCAGGGCAUGAUCUUCUUCUCGGACGGGCUGGUGCACGACCCGCUGCGGCAGAAGGCCAUCUUCCUGCGCAACCUCAUGCAGGAGUGCUUCAUCAGAAUCAGUGCGGCCUAUGGCUCCACAAAGGACAUCUCUGUCUACAGUGUGCUGGGCCUGCCAGCCUCCCAGAUCUUCAUCGUGGGCCGGCCCACCAAGAAGUACCAAACCCAGUGCCAGUUCCUGAGCGAGGGCUACGCAGCACACCUGGCCGCGCUGGAGAGCAGCCACCGCUCGCGCCCCAAGAAGAACAACUCACGCAUGAUCCUGCGCAAGGGCAGCUUCGGGCUCCACGCGCAGCCGGAGUUCCUGCGGAAGCGCAACCACCUGCGCAGAACCAUGUCCGUGCAGCAGCCCGACCCGCCCGCCGCCAACCCCAAGCCGGAGCGGGCGCAGAGCCAGCCCGAGUCCGACAAGGACCACGAGCGGCCGCUGCCCGCGCUCAGCUGGGCGCGCGGGCCCCCCAAGUUCGAGUCGGUGCCCUGAGGGGCGGGUCGUGCUCCGAGCAGGGAGGGGGCGCCCAACCAGGCUGCCUGCGGGGACUGGAGGGGCGGCCCUCUCCCCGACACAGGCGUUUUCCUGCUUUUUCCCUCCCGUGUCUGUCCAGCAGUGUCCGAGCAGAGCGGGGAGGGACCCUGCCCGGCCUCGGGGGCUCCCUGGGCUGCGACGGGGUGAGAUCCAGGGGUCUCAAUGCAGCCACUGCUGCCUCCCAUGUGCCUGUGACCGCACGCCCGCCCGAGUAGGGUUCUUGUUUGUGUCAUCCUGGGGGCAGGCUUGCCCUGGGCUGGUGCGUUUGGGCAAAGUCGACCAUCCUCAGUCCCCAGGCUUCACAGUGAGCUGGGCUGGCCCUCAAGGGGCAGCCCCAGCCCCGGGACCCAGCGCCGCUGGCAAGCACAGCUUCUCGGCUGGUUUGUGGAGGCGUGAGUGGCAUGUGUGCCCGCCCUCCCUGUGGCCCUUGGUCUUGUUUGGGUUGGCGCUCUUAUGGCAAGAUGGCCACUUUCUGGGAGUGAGAGCGCAUCCCCUGGCUCAUCUUAAUGCCGUCUCUGUCCACAGUCCUGGGGAGGUGGAGUCUGGUGCUGACGGUCUGUCCUGUGGCUGUCCAUUGUCCCCAAACACCCACCCCCACUUGUCCUAAGUGUCCUCACCAUUUCUCUGUGGCCCUGGGGGCCAGGGGUUCCUCUUCCUGGAGCCCUGCCUCAUGCCCUCCCUCAGGAGGCUGCAGCCUUGGGCUCUGGCUCAGCUGGGCUGGCUGUGAGCCCCUGAGCUGGUUGCUUGCCCUCUCUGGGCCCCUUCUGUUAUUGGAGGGAUCCCCUAGCUGAGAUUGGUGUGAGUCUUUGACUCCAGUGUGUCCUGGAGUUUGGCCCCUUGAGGCUUUUCAGGUCUAAGGGCCCCUCAGAGUGUCCUGUGACCCAUGCCUUUCACAGAGCCUGGGAGACAGGGUCUGGGUGGGUUGGGAACGAGAAGGAGGGGCUCUUAAAAGAGCUGCUCUGGGCCGGCUGGGAAGGGAUCCCUACUCCAUGGAGAGGCGCAGUUGGUUUGCCUUGCACUGAUGCCCAAACUGGGUGUCCCAGGGACAACCCACCUCCAUCUCCGACCAAAUGACCUGGCUCCCCCUACCCCCAGCUCUGCCAGGACCCAUUUAUCCUUUUUGGCUCCUGGGGGCAUAGAGCAGAGAUUCCGAGGUUCUAGGGGGUUCCUGGAAGUUUGGUUCCAACUGUUGCAUUCUUUUCCCUUUCCCCUGCCGCUCAGUGUGUUCCAGUACUCUCCUCCUGGGUAGUCCCCUGAGGUCGGCAGGUCUUGGCCCUUCUGGGGCCCCUAAAGCCAGCCCAGGCCCUCCUGCUGCUGAGCCUUGGCCUGGGCAUUGGUUUCCUGCAUCCCCUGGCCCCCUGACUCCCUGGCCCAGGCCCACACCAGCUGUGUGGGGCUGCCCAGGUGGCCUCUGAGCCCCCAUGGGCCACCUCUGAGGCUGGUCCCAGCAAUUUCAGACGUCUGUAUCCACAGCAGGCAUCUGUGUCAGCUCAGUGUCGCUUCUGCUCAGUGUCUACCUCUCUUGGCUCCCAUGCAGCCAAUGACGCUGCUAUUGGGGGCAGCUGGCACCACCGUUGUGAACUGGCUGGCAAACUGGGUGCCCUCCUGGGGCUGGAGGGGUCUGGGCUCCCAGCCCCCAACCCUGCUCUCUCCACUAGAAAUGUGUCUUCAGUCUGCCAGCUCUUCUGCUCCACUUCUGGCGCCGCCUCCUUCACUCUAGCCCAGGGCUGUUGGUGAGUCUGUGGGGAGGAGUGCCGAUCAGCCUCAGCCUCAGCCUCAGCCUCCUGUAUGGUCCUGCCUCCAGGCUGUUCAUAGGUGCCCAUCCCCCCUUUAACAUUUCACAGUUCUUGGUUUUCCAAAGGCACCAGCUCAUAUGGCAUAGCUACCCCAACCCUAAUCCUUCCCAAAAAUAUUCUGAUUUAAACUUGGGCAGACUUAGUCUGAUUCUUGAAAACUCUUACCAUUUCCUUUUUGCAGAAGCCACUGAUUACUCUAAAAUGAUAAAUACUUAGUAUGAGCUAUUUUGUUCCCAGUUAGAUUCCCUCUUCCCUGAGAACCCCAGGCUAGGUGAGAGGUUGGGGGGGGGGGGCAGAGAGAGAGAGAGAGAGAGAGAGAGAGAGAGAGAGAAAGGAAGACAGAAAGAGAGAGUGAGCACACAUGGGCCAGGAUCCCUGGGGAAUUUGAAGUUAGUGUGACCCAGGUUCUGUGGCUCUGGGUGUCAGAACUGGGACAAGGACCCAGCAGAAGGGCCACCACCCCUUUUGGAAGCAGCUCUGGCUCCAAGCAGGUAGGAAGAUUGUAGCUUUGACCGACAAUGCACACAUGAGAUGCUGAUGGUGUACAGUGAGAUAUUGUGAACACAGUUGGAGCUGUAGUUGGUGUGUGUGAAUGUGUGUACAUGCGGUUCUGUGUCGUGGUGAGACAGCGUAUGUUUCAGUACGGCUUUCACAGCAACUGUGUCACGCAUAUAUGCACUUUCUAUCCUAGCGGUUUGUUCGGUUUUGUCCGUCUAGUGAAGUUGGAGAAAAAAAGAACCAAGUUGUGUUGUCCUCUGGAGGGGGUGCCGCUGCCUCUCCUUGAGUAGUUCUGUGACCCCCAAUCCAGCUGUUUUCUAGAGAAUCUUUCUAGCCUCUGGUAUGCCUGCUUUCCGGCAGCUGGACCAGAUCUUCCCGCCUUACCAAAGCUCCUUGUUUCUUGUGUGGCAUGUUUGUUCUUCCUGAUCUGGCGGCUGUCGUGGCUGAGGGCCUGCCUGCCACCUUCCUUUACCAUUUGCCCUGUUAGGGUUCAGGGUGCAUCCUUAGCCCAGGACCUGCUCUUCCAGCAUCAUGGGUUUUUUUCCUAAAGAUCUCAACGGCUCCCGUGGGCUCUGUAAAAUAUUUUUUUAAAAAGCAGACUCCUUUCACACAUUGGGAUGAAUGGCCCUCUUGUCUGGGUGCUGGGCUACAGCAAACGAAUGUGUUUGAAUUCUAGUAUUCCAGAGAUUCGUGGUGGUGGGUGCUCUGGAAGAGGCGAGGCUGGAUCUCACGGUUUUUAAACUGUAUUUUUACCCCUUUGGGACCCAUAGCUUGCCCUGGAGUCGUUCAUGAGGCACGAGAGUCCUCUGCAUCCUCACUCUCCCACCCAGCCCAGGUGCAGCCCCGGGAGGGGGCCCUGACCCCGCCUUAAACAACCAACUUUCCCACCGAAUCCCAUCUGGGGGGGUUUGGGUGCGAAGUGCCCUGAAAACCUAUUGUCUUUUGGCUCAGCCAAAAGAAACAUCCCCUCCUUCCUUUCCUGCGGCUUAGGGGAACUUUCAUAAAAACCACAGUUAGGGUUAAGUCCAAGCCCUGAUGCCUGACCUGGGUCCUGCUCUCCUUGUUGAGAAACUAACAGGCACUUGGGAGGGAAAUUUGAAUUUGACUCCACCCUCUUUGCGACAUAGGAGAAGCAGGUGACACCAAGGAGGGGCAGGCCAGAAGAGGGCGACUUGUGCACAGGGACCCCCACCCUAGGACCCCUCUGUCCUUUUCUCUUUGUUUACUUGGUGGUGGCAGCCAGCCUGACCUUGUCUGUGGUCUGACUGUUCCUAAGUGUGUAACUUUCAGUAUUAUCUGUGACAGAUGGUUCCAUGGUGAAAAAGGUUUAUUAUAUUCUUUAUGGCUGCCUUGUACAAAAUCCGUUAGAAACGCUAAUGUAAGAUACCAGAUUUCUAACAAAACAAAAACAGCAUUAUGGAGUUAAAAGAUUUUUACAACUGGUCUUGAUUUUGAUGUGAGCUGGUUUUUAGCUCUCAAACGUUGUCACUUAAAUAAAAACCUUAUUUGCCUUUA